GCGGCAAAUGUGGAAAUCGUCAACAGUCAAACGGUUCUUUCAUACGUUGGAAAUCAAGUCAAGAGCAGAGUAGAAAAUGAAUGCAUUCAUCACAAUUGCAUUACUUGCUGCUAUCGCCACUAGUGCGGUGGAAAGCUCAAUGAGUGAUAGCUCCAAGCAGAUGGUAUCUUCAUCGUACGGUGGUGGCUACGGUAGUGGCUCGUCUUCAUCGUCCUACUCAGCACCCGCAGCGCCCGCUCCAGCACCAUCUUAUGGCGGUUCUUCCUCAUCAUACUCAGCACCAGCAGCACCCGCUCCAGCACCAUCAUAUGGCGGUUCUUCCUCAUCAUACUCAGCACCGGCUGCACCCGCUCCAGCACCAUCAUAUGGCAGCGCUGCCCCAUCGUACUCUGCACCAGCAGCUCCUGCACCAUCUUACGCCGCCCCAGCUCCAGCAGCGUAUGCUCCACCAGCACCAGCAGCUACAUCAUCGUAUACCGCACCACCAUGCCCCAAAAACUACCUCUUCAGUUGUCAGCCCUCUUUGUCACCAGUAGCCUGCAGUGCGCCGAGUAGCAGCGGCGGUUAUGGAUCAUCAGCCGCUUACUCCCAAUAUGUGCCAUCACCAGCUUCAAAGACGUACUCACGCCCAACCUAUACAAAACAAUAUGCAGCUCCAUCGAGGUCAACAUGUGUGACAUAUUUGGGAUCACCCCAUAGCUGGUAAUUCGGAAAACGUAGAUGACAACAACAAGAGACGAUGCAAGCCUGCAUAGUCAUGUGUUAAGGUACCGCCGAAGACAAGUCGUAGAAUAAAAACUUUCACGGAAAUUGAA